AUGUCGGCGGUCGAGCCGGUGCUAACAGCAUCGUCGUAUCCGACAGACGUGCCGCCGAUCGCCGCGGGCACGCUCAGCUUGGCAGGCGUCAACGGCUCGUCGGCGGGCCCGCUGAAUGGGGUAGUGCCGUCGCACGACGUCAAGAAGGCAGAUAGCGGUGGGCAUGACCCGGUCACCGGCGUCGGCACUGACGGGAGCGGGAUCGACGUCGGGUCGAGCGGCUCGAGCAGCGGCAUGAUCGGGGAGCAUCCAAAUGAAGCCGCACUGGUCGCAGCGGCUGCAGCGAUGGCGGCGGCUCAGGGUCACCACGCGCUGGGCUCAGGCCAAGGCCCGACGGACGGCGUCGACGGCGUCGAAGGCAAAGUCUCUGGCCUCAUGGCUCCCGAGCUCAGCUCUUACUUCCUUGCGGCAGCGGCGUCAAUCCACCAGCAGCAUCAGCAACAGCAAGAGCAGCAGCAGCAGCAAGAAGAACAGCAGCACGACCACGCGCAGACGCAACCACCGGCCGAGAGCGACGGCGCAGCGCCGUGGGGCAUCUAUCCCGUCGGUCCCGACUGGGAGGCGCAGCAGGGACAGAUCCGCGACGCCUGCCAGAUCUACCAGGACGACCGAUGCCCGUUCCCGCUCGACCAAGGGAAGCGGCUGAUCGGCGGCAUCAGGGCCAUCGUCGACGAGGCGACGGCAGAGGCCGGCCCGACAGCGGCGCAGGCCAAGCUGGAUGCGCUGCCAAAGACGACCAUCGACGUCGGCCUCGGCCAGACACGGUGCUACUGGGCUUUGUUGUCGGCCUCUGUCGGCCCGCCGGGCGGUAGCGCCGAGGCGAGCGACGACCUGCGCUUCGUCUACCUCGAUCCUGUCCUCCAGCACCACCUGUGCGAGCAGGCGGACGCCAUGGUCGGCACCAGCUUCUUUGACUACGUCCAUCCAGAGGAGCGGAAGCAGGCCUGCGCCGACAUGCGCAAGAUUGUCGAGAGCCGGACGCUGUUUGGCAGCGUCACGCGGUGCCGGUACUCUCGCCUUCCCCGGAUCCGCGAGAUGCUCGGCGCCACCGACGCUCCGCGCGAUCCGGAAGCGCACAAGUACGUCGAGGACGAGGGCUUUGUCGCCAUCGACAUUGUCAUCAACUGGGUCGGCGACGGCAUGGCGCUGUGCUUCUUCCACGCCAUCAUCGACAAGGGCCCAGAGGACAACGAUGAGGCCAACAAGUCGACGUGGACCAACUGGUGCGGUACCCCGGCCGGCGCCUUUACGCUCAGGGAGUGCGAGCGCAUGUGGAGGCAGGUCAAGGCCUCGGAGCGCGAGCCCCUCACCCUGCCGGGCCCCAACCACGUCUUCCAGGUGCUCGAGGCUGGGGAGGGUGGUCAGGUCCUCUUCAGCUGGCCACCACCGCGCCUCUUCCCUGGCGACGCCGACGAGCGGCUGGUCGAGCUGUCGCAGAUUGCGUCGUUCAACGACGGAUCCUACUUUGCCCACGACUUUGCCCGCUACGCGCAGGGCGUGUCUGUGGCGCCCGGCUCGUCGCAGCUGUCCGACGCUAACACGAGCUGCACCCGCCGCUUCAAGGCCAAGCACCAAUUUGCCACCGAGGGCAUCUUCAAGGUCAUCGAGAGUGUCCUGAUCCCGUACGGCGGCAUCGUCCUGGCGUGCUUCCAGAUCGUCUACCAGGGGCCGAUGCCCGAGCCGGACCCAGAGCUGAUCGAGCAGGCCCGGGCCACGCUCGAGGCCGCACGUGGUCAGAUUCGCAAGAACGACGACGACGGCGGCGGCGAUGCGCCCAACAAGCGCAGCCGGGACGAGGACUGGGCGCCGGCCGGAGCGGCUUCCGAGGGCACGCAGCGGCCCGUCUCUCCACCGCAGCCCCAGGCGGCGCCGCUUCCCUCGAGUGGAGACGGGCAGGCACAGGUGCACCCGCACCCGCAGCCGCCCUCGUCGUCGACGCCGCCGACCCGGCAGCCACCAGAGCCUGGCAUCAAGGCGAACGUCACCGAGGGUACGCCCUGGAACCAAGCGUACGGCAACCUGCCCCGCGAUCCGAGCCUCGGCUCGCUCAACUCGCUCGCCAACGCCAGCAUCGAGUAUGCUGCCGGGCUCCAGGAGCGCCCCGCGCGCGACACGCAGCACGACAAACCGCACCGGCCAUUCGACGACCAGAACCCGCCCAUCAGCGGACUCGGCGGCGCCAACGAUCCCGGCGGAAGCGUCGCGACGCUUGCCGCCGUGGCCGCCGCCGCCGCCGCCCAGACAAAGUGCUGCACCGGCUGCGGAAAGAGCAACAGUCCGGAGUGGAGGCGCGGCCCCUCGGGCCACAAGACCCUCUGCAACGCAUGCGGCCUGCGCUACGCGCGCUCCCUGACGCGGCGCAAGAAAAAGAAGGGCAAGGACGGCGAGAUUGAAUUUAUCGAACCCACCGGCGACCCCUCGGUGGUGCCAAAGAGCCGCGGCGGCGGCGGCGGAAGCCUGCCGGGCGUGCACCGCAAGUCGAGCAAGAAGAGAAAGGCCGAAGAGGAGCUCAAGGCGGCCGCGGCCGCCUCGGGGGCAUCCGCUGCCGGCGGCAGCCCGUCUACGAACGGAUCCCCGACGCCAUCCGCGACGCCCGCAAGCGUGGAUGGCCAGGUGAAGUCCACGCCGGCGCCCGCGCCCGCGCCUGCUUCCGGCCAGGGUCAGGGCCAGCCCGACGUCAAGCCGACGGCCGCAUCGCCUGCAACCCGCGCUCCUGCCACACCCGUCCCUUCGGCCGCAAUCGCAGCCGCUGCUGCUAGGGCGGCGGCAGCAGCAGCAGCAGCGGCAGCACCUCCGGCCCCCGCUGGUGCCUCCUCUGCCGCAUCCUCAGCGGCCCCCUCGACACCCGCUCGACAGCAGCCAAACGGCAGCCAACCGUCAGCGGCACCGGUCCAGCCGCCAACGACCAAGAUCGAAGAGCCGACGGCCACCACGACUGCGUCCAUCACGAUUCCCACCAGCAUCAACGCCGCGGCGCUCGGGGCGCCCGCGGCGACACCACCCCGCCCGGACGUCGAGGGGCAAUCAUCCAGCCUGGCAGACGCGCAGGGCGCCCCGGCCAGCGUGCCGGCCAUCUCGGUCCCUGUCAGCGGCGCCGAAGGCCUCAACCUCGCCGUCAGUGCCGCAGCCCUCCAGUCGCUCGGCGCCUUUGACGCCAACGCCGUGUCGCAGGUCCUCUUUGGCCAGCUGGGGCCCCUGGCCGGCUCCGGCGCCACGGCGGCGCCCGUCCCCUGCGCCCGCCCCCGUCUCUUCGAUCGACGCCGCCGCCGACAGCAAGGCCCAGGCCCGCAGCGCAUCACAGCCGCUCUUGACCGAGCCCGACCCGCUCUCGGCAGACGCGCUCCAGGCCGCCGCCCAGGCUGCCAUCGCCCAGGGCGCCGGUGCGCUGCCAGACGUCGAGAUGGCCGACCAGAGCAGCAGCUCAGCCCCGCCCGCCGUCUGAAGCGCCGGCCAGCAGCCGAAAAAGGACCCACAUCUCCCAUGCUCCCUUGUCCCGGUUCCCUCCUUUAUCCUUGCUACUCCAUGUCGCUCCCUCGUCGUCGUCGUCGUCGUCGCUGUUGUGCAGUAGGUGCUGUGGUCGUUGUUGUAUGA